AGUAGAAAGACACAAGGAAAGAAAGCGCGUGGAAGAUAUAAAGUGUGGUCGUGUGACAGGCACGUGAGAUGGGCAAUAUACAGAGAAGCACUGAAAGAGAACAUACAAGAAUCAAUCCCCCCAUCAAUAAAUUCUCCAUUCUCUCAUCCCAUAAACCCUAGCUUCUUUCCCCAUUCUUUUCUUUCCGAUGUCUGCAUCGAUCGGAGCUGUCGUGGUGAAGGACCCUUCCCUCCACCUCAAACCGUUUACCGGAUUCCGGAACAACAACACCCCCUACUCUUCCACUUAUUCCCUUUUGUUAGACAAACGCAUCAAUCCCUUCACUUCUUCCGCUUCUCCUGCCUCUAUUAGGGCUGUUUCCACGCCAGUGAAGAAGGAAGCUUCUGCUGCUGAGACCAAGCGAAGUAAGGUUGAAAUAUUUAAGGAACAAAGCAACUAUAUCCGGUACCCUCUGAAUGAAGAAUUGCUGACCGAUGCACCUAAUAUUAACGAGGCUGCUACCCAACUGAUCAAGUUCCAUGGAAGUUAUCAGCAAUAUGACAGAGACGAGAGAGGUGGUAGGUCAUACUCGUUUAUGCUUCGCACAAAGAACCCCUGUGGAAAAGUUUCCAACCAACUGUACCUUGCCAUGGAUGAUCUUGCUGAUCAGUUUGGAAUUGGAACUCUUCGGUUGACAACUAGACAAACGUUUCAGCUCCAUGGAGUUAUCAAGAAGAAUCUUAAGACAGUGAUGAGCACUAUUAUCAAAAACAUGGGAUCAACACUUGGUGCAUGUGGUGAUCUCAACAGGAAUGUUCUUGCUCCUGCUGCCCCAUAUGUCAGGAAAGAUUAUCUUUUCGCACAAGAAACAGCAGACAACAUCGCUGCACUCUUAACUCCCCAAUCUGGAUUUUAUUAUGACAUGUGGGUGGAUGGGGAGCAGUUUAUGACUGCUGAACCUCCUGAAGUUGUGAAAGCGCGUAACGAUAAUUCUCACGGGACGAAUUUUCCCGAUUCGGCUGAACCUAUAUACGGAACUCAGUUCUUGCCAAGGAAGUUCAAAAUUGCGGUUACUGUGCCUACGGAUAACUCGGUUGAUCUUUUCACAAACGACAUUGGUGUCGUGGUUGUUACCGAUGAUAAUGGAGACCCACAGGGUUUCAAUAUAUACGUUGGUGGUGGCAUGGGAAGGACACAUAGAGUGGAAACCACUUUUCCUCGACUAGCAGAGCCGUUGGGUUAUGUCCCUAAAGAGGAUAUUUUGUAUGCAGUGAAGGCUAUUGUUGUCACACAACGAGAAAAUGGUAGAAGAGAUGACCGCAGAUACAGUAGAAUGAAGUAUUUGAUAGAUUCAUGGGGUAUCGAAAAGUUCAGGUCUGUUGUUGAGCAGUACUAUGGAAAGAAGUUUGAAUCUCCACGAGAGUUGCCUGAGUGGGAGUUUAAAAGCUAUCUGGGAUGGGAUGAGCAGGGUGAUGGUCGUUUGUUUUGUGGGCUCCAUGUUGACAGUGGCCGGGUUAAGGGAGUAGCAAAGAAGACGUUGCGGGAAGUAAUUGAGAAGUAUAAUUUGAAUGUACGCAUCACUCCAAACCAAAACAUCGUCCUUUGUGAUAUUCGCCCCUCUUGGAAACGGCCGAUAACUGUAGCUCUAGCACAAAGUGGUCUAUUGCCUCCAACUUAUGUGGACCCCCUUAACAUAACUGCAAUGGCAUGCCCUGCUCUUCCUCUCUGCCCUCUCGCCAUAACCGAAGCCGAGCGAGGAAUUCCUGAUCUUCUUAAGCGUGUGCGAAGUGUAUUUGAGAAGGUUGGUCUCCCAUAUAAUGAAUCAAUAGUAGUUAGAGUCACUGGUUGCCCAAAUGGUUGUGCUCGGCCCUACAUGGCCGAACUUGGAUUAGUUGGUGAUGGUCCUAAUAGCUAUCAGAUCUGGCUUGGGGGAACGCCGGCGCAAACUUCAUUAGCCAGAACUUUCAUGAACAAGGUUAAAAUCCAGGACCUUGAAAAGGUUUUCGAACCUCUAUUCUACAGCUGGAGAUUGAAGAGGAAAUCUAAAGAAUCAUUUGGCGACUUCACAAAUCGCGUGGGGUUCGAAAAACUUGAAGAAAUAGUUGGCAAGUGGGAGGGGGUACCAAAAUCAUCAUCGCGAUACUACUUGAAGCUUUUCACCGACAAGGAAACAUAUGAAGCUGUAGACGCACUUGCAAGGGUCGAGAAUAAGAGUGCUCAUCAACUUGCAAUCGAGGUCAUUCGUAAUUAUGCUGCUUCCCAGCAAAAUGGCAAAAGCCAGUAAUAUUACCAAGCCGCAACUGGAAUAAGAGUAUGUUUUGUGUUUCAAUUAAGCCGUUGAUUCAAACCUGUUAGAAUGAUCUUUUUUUUGUUGGUUUUCUUUAUUCUGUGAGAGUAGUUAUUUGAUUUUUGAGUAUGAUCCAAAUGAAAUGAGGCCUACACAACAGGUUACAUGAUCUUGGGUCUAAGGGACAUGGUUUUGAUGUUGUGGUCAUGUAGUUCUGGUGUUCCAUAUCAAUAAGUUUCCAGAUGUCAAAAUGUGUGUUUAAGUAUGUUAAUAUUGCCCUUUUACCCUUU